AUGACGAGUGAGGGCACAAUUGCGACCAUGGCGACCAAUGGAGACGGGAUAAGUGCAGGCAAGUCUUACGAGAUCGCGCUCUACGAUAGACAGAUCCGGCUGUGGGGUGUAAAGGCGCAAGAAAGAAUCCGCAAUGCCAACAUCCUGCUGGUUACUCUCAAGGGCCUAGGGAACGAGAUAGCCAAGAACCUCGUCCUCGCUGGGAUAGGCACGCUGACCAUUGUCGACGGCGGGAUCGUGCGUGAAGAAGACCUGGGGGCCCAAUUCCUGAUCACGGAAGAAAACAUCGGCCAGAGUAGAGCUGAAGCCGUCGCUCCGCAUAUACGCCAGCUGAACCCCAGAGUCAAGCUGAUCGUAGACCACGCCAACAUCAGAACGCAGCCGCCUGCCUACUACGAACAAUUCGAUCUUGUCAUCGCGACAGACCUGGACUUUGACUUGUUUUCCACCAUCAAUGCCGCCUGCCGAAUUGCGAACCGCCCUUCCUACGCAGCCGGUGUUCACGGCUUCUACGGCUUCAUAUUCGCCGACCUGAUAAGCCACACCUUUGUCAUCGAGCGAGAAAAGUCCAAUGUGCCCCCCCAGACAAACGAGACUCCCACUCGCACCGUGCUAGGCGUCACUACAAAAGUCGAAAAUGACAAGACGAUCGAGAUGGUCACCAAGCGAGAGACAUACAGCCCCUUACUACUAGCUAACUCCUCCCCCCUGCCGGAGGAAUUCACCCGCCUACCACGCAAACGAAAACAAGUGACACCUCUACUCACCUGUCUCCGUGCCCUAUGGGACUUCGAACGCCAGCACGGUGUCCCCCCCUCCUUCUCCCGUCAGGAUCUAGAAAACUACACUCGUCUAGCGAACGAACGCCAUCUGGAGCUCCAGCUUGACCCUUCAACCCUCACAGCCUCGUUCCUGCGAUCGUUCCUGCAAAACGUCGGCAGCGAAAUUAACCCCGUUGUUGCGUUUUUGGGUGGCAGUCUAGCUCAGGAUGCUAUCAAUGUGCUCAGCCAGAGAGAGCAGCCGCUUCAGAACUUUCUUAUUUUCGACUCGGAGAGGAGCGUUGCACCCGUCUAUUCGCUUCAUCCGUUCUUCCCUGAUACCACCAAUGGUCUUUAG